AUGGAUUCCCCGGCAGAGCCAGGCACCAGUGCCAAAAGGCUGCCCCUGAAGCGCAAUCGUCCUGUCAAACAAGCGCUUGGCGAUGAUGAUAGUUCCAUGGACUUUCCGCUGAUUUCUUUCGCCGCGCCCAAAAAGAUCAAACUCACCGAACACCGCAAGGAGAAGUACAAGGAGCAGAAGGACAUGCUGCGCGGCAUUGGACUUGUUGGCGAUGAAGAUUCACUAUCCAAACCAAUGUGGGACACAAACGCCGAACUUUUCGAAGCAACUUCUUCGCUCUCUGCCCCCUCGAAGCACGCGAAUUCAAACUCUAGAAGCGCACGGCGAAGCUCUAAGGAAGAUCAAGAAAAUAAACCGCCGACGGUGUUCCCCGACUUGAACGCGGCUGAGGAGGAGCCGGGCAGUGGAAGCCAAGAUGACGAUGAAUCGCGCUCAUCUUGCAAUUCGAGCAAAAGCGGACGACGCGUGAAGUCUACGCCUUCGAAGCAUACGCCCGUUCAGGCUAAGCGAGGUCGGGCACCAAAAUCAACGGAAAAAGAAAAACCAGUUGAGAAGAAGAAGCAGGAUUCGACUGCCAAGGAUGAAGAAAAGCAGAAGCGAAAAUCAGCAAAGCGACUGACUGUUGAAUCAUUUCUGACACCAUCGAAGAAAAAGUCUGCUGAGACCCCGGUUACCGAUCCAGUUACUCCUACGAGUCACAAGAUAGACGGAUCGGAGACAAAGGAGGUGGAGCCCGCCCCAGCGGUCGCGGAGAAGCCAGAGCCGAUCAUGGUGGAAAGCGUCGUCACAAAGCCGACCGUUAUUGAGCCCGUGUCAGGAGAAGCUGGUUCGGAGGUUAAAGCCGUGGAGAGCAUUGUGGCGGAAAAGGAGGAUGGUAAUACUGCGUCGACGAUUCAGUUAUCAACGGAGAAUCAAGCGGCUCAGGACAUUAUCAUGGAACCAGGUGUAGCAGAAAAUGAGGAGACCAAACAACCCGAGGCCAGCAGUGAAACCACUGUCGACGACGAAAAUAAUAAAACGCCCGAGAAAUGUGGACCUCCUCCAAUGGGCUCCCCGAGGAAGUUGACGCCCAGUAUCCUGCGAAAACCGAAUACACCGAUGAGCAGCGAUAAGAAGAAACGCCGUGUCUACUUUGACGGCAACGACUUUAUGCGGAGGCCUAGCGAAAGCGCCGAUAGGCUGCCAAAGGUUCCCUCGAGUCCUUCGACCUCCAACGAGAAUCAGGCCAUCUUUCCGCAGUUGGCCGGCUGCACCGAGCCCAUCCAGAGCAUUUUUUCCAGCAUUGAGCGCGGAAUGUCAAAUGGUCUCUCCAUGAAAAACUCCUUCCACCGUCUCGGCAUCAAAACAAUCGGCGACUUGGCGAUGGCCCCAUCCUCAAAGGUUGAGAAUAUUGUCGCCAUCCGCAAACCGAGGGCGAAAACUGUGCACGAUGCGCUGGCAGAUUAUCAUCAGAAUAGGAAAAUGCCGAAAGAGACGGAUACUCCAUUCUUUGCCACGCCGAAGCAACCGUCCCAACUGGCGGGCAUUCCGGAGAUCGAAAAGGCCGUCGAGGAACCGGUGAUCAGAGUUGAGGAAACGAGUACACACGCUGGAGAAACCGCCAUUCCGGCGGAGGCUACGAAAGCGGCCGCUGAUGAACCGGGCAUUGCCAAGGAAGCGGAAAUCACUACCGAGCGGGCCGAGGAGAACUCUGCCAAAACUGUUGAUGUGGAGGCGAUGGAUACUUCCGUGCCAAUUGUUGCGGAGUCGACGCCGAUAGCGCACACUUCCAUUCCUGAGGAGGCUCAGCCGUUGUCCGAAAAUCAAGGAGCUGCUGAACUUGCCGAAGCUAAGCUGCAGUCAGUGCCUGCGCAGGAACCCCCACAACUUGCCCCGGACGCUGAUAUCAAGCACGAGCCCGAAGAUCGCGCGGUCUGCCCCGAAUUCGCGCACUACAAGCUGCGGCGGCUUUCCGAAGUCAAGACGCUCUUCGAUGAGUUCCAAGUGCGGCUGCUGGACAAAGAGCAGAAAAAGAAAGCCAUGUGCUUCUUCUUCACGCUCGAUCGCCACUUUCACAACUUGCGCUGGAUGGGCUCCGAACUGAAGCACGAGCCGAUGCCGACGACCACACAACAGGGAUCGACGCAGGCCUGUGCGCCGCAAGAUGAAGCCGUGCGCGCCAAAUGGUCCGCAAUGCAGAUGGACGAUCUUUCGAAUGCCACGAACUUCAUAGCUGCAUUUGAUCACGAUCAGCUUUCAACGGAACAGCGAAUGACCGCAUUGUCGCUGGCCAGGCAUCUCGACCAGCAAGUAGCCCUGUUGCGACACCAGCUCUGGGCCGCGCUGCACUCUGCC